CAGUCACCCGCAGCUGCAUUCAGAAAGGAUUCCACCAUGAUGAGCCAUCAGCUCUGCACCUCCUUCUUUUGGCUGCUGCUCUGUCAACUCAUUGCUGAUGGAUCAGCAGUUACUGUCUAUGGAUAUGCAGAACAGAGUGUCACUCUUCCUUGUGAGUAUGAUGGCAAGUCCUACGGCUCUGUGUCCAUCUGUUGGGGCAAAGGCCUCCUGCCAUCAAGAGGCUGUGGUGAAGAAAUCAUUCAGACAGAGGGCUCAACAGUGACCGCACAAUCAUCACCACGGUAUCAGCUGGUCAACAGACACAGAGAUGUGGGGGAUGUUUCUUUAACGAUCACGAAUGCAACAGAGCAAGAUAGCGGUACCUAUGGCUGCAGGGUGGAAAUACCAGGAUGGUUCAAUGACCAGAAAACCCAUGUGGACCUCCACAUACAAGCUGUUCCGACGGCAACUACAGCAACAACAGAAGCUUCAACAACAACAGUAGAAGCCCAAACAAGACUGGAAAAGACUACUUUGGAAACUACCGUGUUAACAAGGCCCCAAGAAUCUACUGCAGAACCUCCUACCACUACUACUGCACAGGCUGUCACAACAGUAGAAGCUACACCAAGACCGACCACUGAUGAACCAGCAGUCACUGUCUAUGGAUAUGCAGGAGAGAAUGUCACUCUUCCUUGCAAAUAUGAUGGCAAAUACUACGGCUCUGUGUCCAUCUGUUGGGGCAAAGGCCUCCUGCCAUCAAGAGGCUGUGGUGAUGACAUCAUCCAGACAGAGGGCUCAACAGUGACCACACAAUCAUCACCACGGUAUCAGCUGGUCAACAGACACAGAGAUGUGGGGGAUGUUUCUUUAACGAUCACGAAUGCAACAGAGCAAGAUAGCGGUACCUAUGGCUGCAGGGUGGAAAUACCAGGAUGGUUCAAUGACCAGAAAACCCAUGUGGACCUACGCAUACAACCUAAAUGAAAAAUGAUAUUGAGAUGAUAUCAAUUCCUGCAACAGA